ACUACCAGUCAGUAGUCACCACUUAAAAGAAUAGUAUAUAGUCACCACUAUUUAAAUGUCAAAAAUUGUGAACCAUGAUGGCGGUAUGAAUAUACUACAGGCUGUAAUAAUCGUCAAACGUUUAUACUUACUCAAUUAGUUGUUUAUUGUUUUAAUCUACUCAUAUUUUAUGGUUUAGCGUAGUGUAAUGUUAUCAAUUUGUAACAAUGUCGAGGGAUUAUUGGAAGCUAGAAGAGGAUUUGUGUCGUUGUUGUCAUUCAGAAGGAACAUUUCAAAAUUUAGCCGGGGCUUACAAUUUCGAUGACGAGGAAGAAAUAUAUUUCAAUAUGCUACGAGAAACUUUUGAUUUAAACAUAACACCAGUGUCGGGCUCAUUGUGUGCUGCCACAUACACAAUAUGCGACGCGUGCAUCACGCGGCUCCGCGACGCAAGCAGCUUCAAGAGGCAGGUUAUACGCUGCGAGCAGAAGUUCCAUCAGAUGUAUGGAGGAGACUUUAUCAGAAUUGCAGAGUCAGAUUGUAAAGUGGAAGUAAAGGUAGAGGGACCGGAAAGGGAUACCGAAAAUGCGGAGGAAUUUACGCAAGUGGUGGAUGAGUUUGCGGACUCGUUGGACAGCGCGCACGGCGACUACCACGACGACGAUGACGGAGAAAGCAAUACGAAAACUUUAAAACAAGACGGGAAGAAGAAGGUAAAGAAAACACCGCAAAAGGCGAAAACGAAAGCGAAACCAAAAAAACCGCCCAAGAAAUGCGGCCGACCGCGCAAGGUGCAGGAGGUCCAGCACGAGGGAGCCGCCGCCGAUGACAAGGCUGACGAUUCCAGCGAGAAGCCGGUCACUUCGAAGCUGGAGCAACUUCUGACGCAAGGCGGCAAGGUGCGAAAAUUCCGCCUCCGAGAAGACGACUAUACCAAAGAUGGCGACUCGUACCGGUGCGCGCGCUGUGACAAGCACUACGACAAGCUGUUCUCGCUGAAGUUCCACGUGAAGACGAAGCACUACAAAAUCCCGCGGUUCGUGUGUCCGUACUGCCCCGAGGAGUUCAUGACGCCGGCCCCGCUCACCGUGCACAAGCUGCAGCAACACUCCGUCGACGACCGGUUCAAGUGCAACGCCUGCAAGGGCACCUUCAACACCAAGGUGCAGCUCCGCAAACACAUCAACAACUUCCACAUGCUCGGCGAGAAGUACAAGUGUGAGUUCUGCGAGUACGAGUCCUUCUCCUUCGAGGGUAUGUACAAACACAAGUUCAAGCACAAGACCGUGAAGGAUUACCACUGCCGCUUCUGUCGCAAGUCCUUCCUGAGGAAGACGACGCUGGACCUCCACGAGCGGAUCCACACCGGCGACCGCCGCAAGGUGUGCGCCGUCUGCGGGCAGGCCUUCGUGCAGAAAGCCAGUCUCAACUACCACAUGAACAAAUACCAUCCAGAGGUCAACUUCUAACCGUGCCGUCCAUCUGGGGCGAGAUGGCGCUCAUGCUGCCGGGGAAUGCUUCUCAAAUCUUGGGAUCACAAAUGUAUAUAGCUAUUUUGUGGGCCGGAGUAGCGAUAGCGAGCCACAACAGUUUCGAAAAAAAAAAUAACCAUGGAGUUUCGUCAUACUUGAAAUAUUAUACUCACUAGAAGUUAUAACAAUAAAUAAAAAUUCUUAUGGACUGAGGAGCAAUCGUGUUGACACAAAAAUUAAGUACUGUACGCAUUGAAUUUGAAUGUUUUGGUGAAGGCAGUGUGGAUGAAAAUGGAUGACAAUUACAGUGUUAUGAUAAUGAGCUACGACAGAAGAUUGUUAGUUGUGUUUAAAAAACAACAAUUUCAGUUAAUGACAACAAAUGUUUAUUUCAUUGUAAUUUUGUAUACGGGGAGUAGGUUUUAUAUUUUUUCAAGUGAAUAAUGUCAAAUUUGGAAGAUCAUGUGAGUGUUGAAAAAAGGAGAUUAUCAGGUGACACAGAUAGUAAAUCGCCGGAAAUCAUGACGUUGACUUAUCAUGGUGUCCGUUGAUGUUUGUCGGUUACUAUUAUUCCAAAUUCCAUGCAUUUUAUUGCUCACUUUGUUACAAUAUACUCAUCUGGGGUGCUGCGUCUUAAAGCGAUAUGUUACGGUCGUUAUAGCAAUAUAUAAAUAUAUUAAUUUAAAAAUAUAUGAAGAGAGAAGAUUAGAUAUUUUGUAUGUUUGUUUGUAAUGGAUAAUCUCGAAAACUGUUCAACUGAUUUGGCUAAUUCUUUCACUAAUCGAAACUUAUUUUACCACUGAGUGCUAUAUGUUACUUUUCAUGCCAUAAUGGGCGGUAACGCGAGCCGUAAACGAAAACUAAUAAUUAAUAAAAUCAAAGUGCAUUUUACUUUUUGAUGUAUUAAAUAAAUAACACCGAUAACAAUGAUAUUAAUGCUAUCCAUUUGUGAGUGAUAAGCAAGUUUGUCAAUUUGAUGAGGAAUAAGGAUUGGGUUGGAUUGUCCCUGUUUCCAACGAGGAGAGUAUUUUGGGUGAUGUAUAUAUAAACGGCGAAUGUGUAAUAAUAUUAUUAUCAUUUUAUUUUUCUGUUAGGUGUUAUGACAUGUAAUUUGUAAAUUAUAUUUACCGCUGUACAUUUGUAAAUGAUUAUAUUUCUAUGUGAAAAAAAAACAUAAUAAAUACUACGCUCUGGCCUGUAUCACU